AAAGCCCCCACCACCACCUCCACCAACUUAUUGCUAAACACAACACAAUGGCACCCACCAACAUCUCCCCCUCCUCCUCCUCCACCUCUGACAAAGAAUUGGAAGGCAUCAAUAUCUUCGACAUGGGGUCUCUAAGGUCUCAUCUCCCCCAAAAGAGGAAAGGAUUGUCGAACUAUUUCUCAGGCAAAUCGAGGUCUUUCACAUGCCUUGCUGAUGCAAAGUGCGUCAAUGAUCUUAAGAAGGAAGAGAUACCAGAGGCAAAGAGGAGGAAGUAUUUGGACCGAAGGGAGGCCAUCUGCCAUUCUCCUCUCUCCUGUAGGACAGAGACAAGUAGUGGCUCCUAUAGCAGGUCUUGUGUGGGAGUCUAAUGUUUGAAGACUAUAUUUCUUUUCGCAUUUGUACAGAAAUCAAAAUUGUUUUCUUUUCUCUUUGCUACAAAUUAAGGGAGCGAUAGUCUUGCUCAUCAUUCACGGCUUUUUAAUUAUACAAUGUAUAAGAUGAUUAGUCUCUUAUUAUGCAAAUAUUCUUGAUAUGUGUUCCUUAAA